GUUUCAGUUUUGAUUAGGGAGCGAUGCGAUGUGAUGAUAAACCCGUCGAAACGAGUCGUCGCAGUUCUCUAAAAAAUACACUUAUGUGUUAGCUUUCCUGGCUAUAAUUUACCAGUUUUCUGACCCUUAAAAGUGUGCGAUUGAGUGUUUAUUUUGAUGUAGAAAAGUCACUACGUUUCUACGUAUUUCAAAGCCACAAUUUUUUCUACAUACAGAGCAGCACCGCUGGAGACGAUAUGCGUGGACCGCAGCCCCACUGGAGACCACAACAGAACCUGAAUCCGGACCCAGGAACACUCUAACUAAAGUCUCCUGACUUGCGUGUGAAUAUUACCAAUAUAAAGUCCAGUAAAAUGAGUCUUUUGCGGAACCUGCGCUCCCUGGAGACCCGUAACCUAGACCUCGCCCUCAGCCAUCGGGAGAACCAGUUGCUGACUGGUCACCUUCCCUCAGCUAUUUUCCGCGAGCGACUUAGUGCAGCGGAAAAUCUCUACCAGCGCAACCUAACCGGUCACUUUGGUUGUGUAAAUGCUCUAGAGUUCAGUCCGGGAGGCCAGUUUCUGGUAUCAGGAGGUGACGACAAGAGGGUUUUGCUGUGGAACAUAGACCGAGAGGUGGUGUCCCAAUUGGGAAAACCUCGACCUAUGAACGAGAAGCACGCCAGUAACAUCUUCUGUCUAGGAUUCAACACCCAAAACUCCUACAUCUUUUCAGGGGGAAACGACGACUUGGUUAUCCAACAUGAUCUUGAAACCGGAAAGAUCGUGAACCACUUUUCGCACGAUGGACCCGUCUAUGGUUUGAGUGUAGACAGGACCAGUGACCAUCUUUUGAGCGUGGCCACAGAGCAUGGAGAGAUCCUAGUCUACGAUCUGAGAGCAGGGAAGUCCGAACCGCUGGCCCUGGCCAAAUUCAAAACACCCUUUAAUGCAGUGGAGUUUCACCCCCUCAAUGGGAACUUUCUGGCCACAGCCAAUGCCAAAAAGGGAGCCAUGCUCUGGGAUCUGAGACACCACCAACAGCCCUUCUGCCAGUACAAUUACAUCCCGGAGUCUCCAAGCUGCAUGAGCGUGCGCUUUAAUUGCAAUGGAACCUUGUUGCUUACCCUGCACCGCCGGCUACCUCCGAUCCUUUACAGCCCCGGGGCACCGGAGCCGGUGGCCACCUUCUACCACGACGAGUACUUUAACUCGUGCACAAUGAAGAGCUGUACGUUUGCGGGACCGCAGGACGAGCUGGUGGUCUCGGGUUCCGACAACUUCAACAUGUUCAUAUGGCGUCUGGAUGGAGUAGACUUGGAGGAAAAACACCAGUGGAUUGAAACCCCUCCAGUAAUACUUACUGGCCACCGCUCUAUUGUCAACCAGGUGCGCUACAACCGCCAGCGGUGUCUGUUCGCCUCCUCCGGCGUAGAAAAGAUCAUUAAACUGUGGAGUCCCUUUGCACAGCAGGGCUGGCAAGGAUCCCUGACACAAGCCGAAGCCCUGCCCUACUGCACUCGCGCCCUACAUCGUGAGUCCUCGGAUCACGUGUCCCAGGACUUCAGUGCUCGCAACACGGACGAAGACCAGGUGAUGCUUGCCUUCUUCGACACACUGGUUCAGCGCGAGCUCGAGUCCUGGAGCACCGAUGAUAACCAGAGCGUCUCAAACAGCAGCUCAGAUCCCUCCAGCGAGGAUAGUUCAGCUACAGAGGAGCAUAGCGACGAGGAGCACGAGACGGAUCAAGACCCUCAUUCCGAUCUUAACCAAGGUGAGGGCAUCGAGCCAAUUCAAGACAUCGACACGCCAAACGUCAGUGAACUGAGCUGGCAGACACAUCCGAAUCGCAUCUUCUAUCUAAUCGCCAAAAAGCGGCGCGCUCUACUUCAGUUGGCGGUGAGAGGCACCGCGGGCCAGCCGCGUAAUGUGGACCUAUUGCUCCAACGACUCCUUGGUGAGCAAAAGCAUGCAGCGACUCAGGCGCGGAUUAGUGACUGGCUGGAAGAGACACACCGCAUUUUCGGCGACGACGAGCUACCCACCACGUCAGCGGAAGCGGCGGCCCGGGAGCAGCGACGCCGGGCUUGCGAUCAACUCUACCGGAGUCCUCGGCGGAGUCAUGAAUUGAAAACAGUUGACCCCCUGCAAUCCAGAGUUGGUCAAAGAGGACGCAAGCGAAAACUUAGGAGCCACAGUCUUUCGACCACCAAACAAAGGAGAAAGACUCGCCGACUACGUUCCACGGAUAUGGACGACAGUGGAGCUUCCAAUAACAACGAAAUUCUGGAGGGGAGCGACGACUCCGACGAAGAGGAGCUGUCAUCAGGGGACAAUCUCAACAAUAAUACCAAUGAAAGUGAAGGCAUCCACACCGAGGAGGCUGGGGACAGUUCCUCUACAGCUUCGAUUACCUCAAUGGUGGCUCAUUUGUCUCAGGCUCCCAGCACCUCUAGUUCGUUUCAUUUUCCGCCCGAACUGGAAGCCAACAACAACAUCCAGUUUACGUCCAACAACAAUCACAAGACAGUGAAUGUCAAUGGUCUAAUUCCGGACAUUUGCAAUACAGAGUCAACAGCUUCAACAUCUUCAUCCAUGUAGGUUGUAUUGGAGCUUUGGUCCUGCUAUGCUUUUAUAAGAAAAAUCACCCAUUUUAGUCUGUAUAUCCGCUGAAACACACAUAUUCGUUUAUAUCACAGAUUCAACCCAUAUAAUUAAUUACAACACGUCUACCAAUUAGAAACUAAUUUAAAUGGAAAUGAGAUUUUCAAAAAUUAUGAAUCUUUUUUAUAUCCAUUUAACAAUGUACGUUGAAUACCAAGUUGUUGAUGAAAUGGAUCAAAAUUGUCUAAAAACUUGAUUCUGUCUUUAGCCUUUCUUCAUUUCAAAAAUUAUGAAUCUUUUUUAUAUCCAUUUAACAAUGUACAUUAAUUACCAAGUUGUUGAUGAAAUGGAACAAAAUUGUCUAAAAACUUGAUUCUGUCUUUAGCCUUUCUUCAUUCCCAGAAUUCAUCCCCACUGAAGGAUUUCAUUUAAUCGUUUCCAGAUUUACUUUAUCUAAAAUUUGCAUACAUUUUAUUGCAUAAAAUAAACUCUCCUUUAAAGUU